AAAUGGAAAAGGUGUUGCCCCGAAGGAUAGCGAGAGAGAUGCGCUGGAACAGUCACUCUGACUCACGGGGCUCACACUUGCGGACAGUAAUCUCCACCCCGAUAGCGAUGAAUAGGGAUAUGUUCCGGGGACCAAGAACACCGGAGGUCUCAACUGCCAUAGGCUUGAUCAUGAACCUGUCAGAGAGCGACCGAUACCAUGACAGAUUGUUUUUCUUAGCCAGACGAGCAGCGGAGCCUGGACUGGUAGCUGACAACACCAAGUUGCCGCUGGAAAAGAUAUAACAUGUGGCAUCCCCAUUGAGAUUUUAAAACAGUUGUCGUGGAUCAACACUGUAUGCUGGCAUUUUGUUGACUCGGUACAUCUACGAUGUUCACCGCCACAGAAGGAAUUAGUAAAACAUCAAAUAUUUUCCUCUUCUACUUACAACUGAUACAAUAAGCGAGAGUCGGAACGAGAUUACACACAUCUCUAUGGGUAGACAUUACUGACAGUGGUGAACGUUACCGUCAAAUUGAAGUAAAUCGCCAGCUGGUUAAUGUUUAUGCCAAAUGCAAAGAGUAGAAGAGAUUAUCUGUCACAACUGUAUUUGUUUAUAUAAACGCGAAUCUUUAUUUAUUUUAUUUCAAGUUGAAGAAAACUAGUAACGACUUUCAAACCAACUAUUUAAAAUUAAAUAGACCAUAAAACAUUAUUUUAUUUAACCACAAAAACCGUACCUGAGACGAGAGACCAUGUGUUUUUGUUGUUUACCAUGUCGGACACAUAUAUGUCUUCAAUAAGAUCUGUUUUGAUUGGCUAAUAAAUUAGCAACAAGCUUUCAAAGCGAUGUAAGACGUUCCCUUAUUGGUUAUUCUAAUUUAUAUAUGUAUUAUUAAGCUAUAGUUGGUAAACAUUUCCUGCGUCAGCACUCGACGCACAGUAACCUAGUAAGUCACACUCAUGUACAACGGAGGCUUACCUUUUUUAUAUGUAUACAAAAAUCAAUCUCAAAAAAUGUGAGAACCGGUUUCCAAAUGACGUUGUGUGUAUUAAUUUAAACUGCAACCGAAUGUAAUUCGUUCGAUCAUUUAUUGCAAAUUGUCUCGACAACAGAAAAAUGGCGUCGAUGGAAAGGGUGGACUUGACUAUGACAUCGAGUCAAAUUGAAUUUUUAAUUGAGUUGUACAGAGAACGGGAACUGCUUUGGAACCCUGACCACGAAAACUACACUUACAGACCCGCCCGAGCUAUGGCUCUACGCGAGAUCGCAGAAAAAAUGGGUGUUGGAUGGACAGAGGACUUGGUGAAAAAGAAAUGGAAUGUCCUGAAGUCUGCAUACAACCGAGAACUGAAGAGACUGAUUGAAUUAUCUAAAAUUAGCUCAGAUGUCUAUGCCCCACAAUGGUGGCUUUUCCAGAAUUUGGACCGGUUCCUCAGACCACAUGCCCUCUCACGGAAGCGUGCUGUGGAGUCUCAUAGCAUUGAAGAUGGGUCACCUGGUCCAUCCUUUGAAAGAAUUGAAGACAGCUAUGAUGGCUCUAUGGAAUGUGGGGAAGCAAAAGAAAGGUUCAUGAGAACUGAAAGUGCUAGAAAUAGCUGUAUGAAGUCUGAAGACAUGCAGACAAUCUGCAUCGAAGCAGAAGACUCGAAUACCUCCAGUAAUAAACCCAACGAACCUCACAACAUCUAUAUUGAACCAGAGGUGAUACAAAAUAUUUAUAUGGAACCUGAAAACAUCCAAACUCUUCUGACCGAACCUCAGGAGUUAAGGAAUCGAAGUAUAAAACAAGAAAGCCAAACAAAUGGAUGGCGAGAUUAUAGUUUGACAAGAAACGACUGUUUAGCAUCUGGUGGGGAGCGUUUUAGUUUAAGCGAAGAGGUAUCAAACAGUUUGGAAAAUCGUAUGAAAAAAACUGCAUUCAAUCAUUGCACUCUUAUGGUAGAUCAGUUCCGAAACAGAACAGACAGUAGAACAGUUCGGUUGAAUGAGAGGAGGGAUGCUGAAGAUCUUUAUUGUGCUAUGAUGGCUACAGAACUAAAAUCUAUUUCCAAUGAAGAUUUAAAAGAUGAAGCUAAAUUUGAAAUGAUGAGGAUUUUGAAAGACUUCAAAAAGAAAGACAGACAGUUGAAACAGAAUGCACUGCCAGCACCAGAUCACAUAUGAACAUAUAAUGUAAACAUAUAAGACAGAGAAAUAUUAAAUUUUGAUAAAAUAUUCUGAAAAGAUCUUCAUUUCCAUCCUCGUUCAAUUUUACAUAUUAUUAAAGGUCAGUUUCAUCCAA